AUGAUGAAUUUCAAAGCUUUUCUCGUCUGCUUGGCGGUUUUUAGGAUCGUCGGGGCAUCUUUCAGCGUCUAUCAGUACUAUGAUCCUGCGACAAUGGAAGACUAUUAUGGAAUUUCUUCCGAAUGCAUGGCCGCGGUAAAUAUGACACUCGAUUGCGACGUCACGAAUGCCAAUCGAGCUGCAAAUGGAGUUGAUGUGGACUAUUGGUAUCAAGAUAACAUCACCACUCUGUGUACCGACGCAUGUGCUACUUCCAUGACCAACUGGUUGAGUGCAGUAGAGGCGCAAUGUGGAUCAGAAGACAUGACAUUUGAGGCGGCGAUCGUUGAUCCGAGGAUUGUGCCUUUGACUUAUACAGAAGGUUUUGAUAUGGCUUGUUUGCAAGACAGCGAUUCAAACUGGUGUUUCUUCGAGUCCCAAUCCUGGCAGGGGAGUGACUACAUUAGAUGGAACGAAGACACUUGCUACAGUGAUGACCCGCCUGUAGAAUGCGAGGAUCCAACAUUCUCGGUUUAUGAUAUUUCCGGGAACAUGUCAGCAGUGACAAAUCUGUACGAUAAGUCUCUGUAUUGCUCAGAAUGCUUCCUCAAAGUCUGGCGGCAGCGACUUCUUGCUCCAAAGCUAGCAGCAAGUGAGUUCACCAACUACCUAAUCUCACAAUUCGACGACCUGCAAGGAAACUGUUCCACAACAUUACCAUACACAACUUCAGCUGCAACUUUGUACCGAGGCACAGCAACCAGCACUGCUGCUGCUUCUACGACCUCACAGUCCAGUCCAACGACGACCUGUAGCGGGCAGCUCUUGGAUGUUGUGAGUCCGCCGCUGGGCUGCAAUGAGAUUUCCGAUACGUAUAAUGUGACGACUGGAGCUAUUCGUGCAGUGACGAAUGACUUCUUCUGCACGAUUACAAGUCCGGUUUGCUUGCCAUUGCCAUGUGAUAUUGAAACAAUUUGGGGUGGAGUAUGCACUGAGAUCGCAGGGAACUUGUCUACUUCUAUAACCUCUUUCUUGACCUGGAACUCCAAUAUCCAGGGCAGUUGCGACAACUUGGCAGCAGGUCAGAGGAUUUGCACAUCUGUCCCUGGUGGAAAGUAUGUUUCUAGCGGAACGAUAUUUGCUCCGACUUCAGUUGGCCAAUAUUAUACUACUGCCACACCGGCAGUGCCAACGCAAUCCGGCUCGAUUGACGAUUGCGGAAAUUAUUACGAUGUUGUUGCAGGAGACACUUGUAACCAAAUAGCGCUGGUAAAUGGAAUCACGUUUGCAGACCUCCAACUUUGGAACACAUACUUAAACAGCGGUUGCACCAAUCUCUGGCUCAACUACGCUGUCUGUGUUGCGAAAAUGACACAGCCAGCCAUCUCAGCCGACGGGACUUGCGGCCCCGACAACAACUAUACAACCUGUGUUGGCUCAAACUUCGGCAGCUGCUGCUCAAUGAGCGGGUUCUGCGGAAGCACACCAGCAUACUGCGGAGCCGGGGAAUGCUACUCCGGGGCCUGCAACGGUACCUCAUCCGGCGUGACGACUGACGGCACUUGCGGACCCAACACGGGCGGCUUGCUGUGCCAAAACCCGCUCUUUGGACCUUGUUGCUCGACUUCGGGGUACUGUGGGAACGGCACCGAUUAUUGCGGCGCUGGAAACUGCUAUUCUGGCAGCUGUGAUACUGAUAUCGGUGGUCUGAGCACGACGGGAGAGUGUGGACCGCUGUUCGCAGGUAAUAAGACGUGCACUGGCACGCAGUUUGGGACGUGUUGUUCGACUGAUGGGUAUUGUGGUAAUGGGACGGAUUAUUGCUCGAGUGGGCAUUGCUAUAGUGGGGCUUGCGAGGCCAGCACUACGACGUCCAUCACGCCUCCGGGCCCAACGCAGACGGGAAUCGCGGCAAAUUGCAACGCAUAUUACUUGACACCAUCAACGGGCUCAUCUUGCGCUUCCAUCGAGGCCUUGUACAACAUAACCUUCGCGCAAUUCUAUGCCUGGAAUCCUGCUGUUGGAAGCAAUUGUGGCAGUCUAUGGCUCGAGGAGGCGUAUUGUGUUGGAGUAUCUGGUUAG